CUUCAAGAUAAAGGCACACCAUGUUUGUCCUGUAAUUUCAUGCUCUUCUUUCUCAUACUUUUGUUCUUUCAAAAAAAAAAAGAAAAAGAAAAAACCAAUACAAAACAACAAAAGAGAACCCCCUCCAUUAUCAUUAUCUGAUGAAGCUAGAGGAGGCUCUCCUGGAGGAGAGAGCCUACCUGUGAUUUUGUAGAAAAAAAACACUACCAUUCCCUGUCAUUAAACCAAACAAGAGCUCAAAACAUUGAAAACCUAAAGCACCAAUCUUUGUUCUAAGCCAAAAAAAAAAACAACCCCAAGAGAAACAAUCAAAAUCCCAGUCCGGGUUUUCUUUUUGCUCUUGCUUUUGUUUAAAAAAAAAAGAUUUUGGGGUGUGUUUUUUUAUGUAAAAAGAAGAGGUAAUCAAAAACAAAGUCUGGGCUUGUUUUGUUUUUUGUUGAUCUCUUUCUCUGUAUUGUUUUUUAACUUUUUGGGUGUUUUUAAUGUGAAAAAAAUGGCACUUUCCAUGCACAAAGAGUCAUUGAAUAACAAGCAAAUGGAUAGUAGUAAGUAUGUGAGGUAUACACCAGAGCAAGUGGAAGCUUUGGAAAGAGUAUACAAUGAAUGUCCAAAGCCUAGCUCUUUAAGAAGGCAGCAGCUCAUUAGGGAGUGCCCUAUUCUUUCCAACAUUGAACCUAAACAGAUCAAAGUUUGGUUUCAGAACCGAAGAUGUCGAGAAAAGCAGAGGAAGGAAGCUUCCCGUCUCCAGACGGUGAACCGAAAGCUGACUGCCAUGAAUAAGCUGUUGAUGGAAGAGAACGAUCGAUUGCAAAAACAGGUCUCGCAUCUUGUAUACGAGAAUGGAUACAUGAAGCAGCAGCUGCAGACCGCUUCAGUAACGACCACGGACAAUAAUAGCUGUGAGUCCGUGGUCGUGAGUGGUCAGCACCAACAACAGCAAAACCCAACACCUCGGCACCCACAAAGGGAUGCUAACAACCCAGCUGGUUUACUCACAAUUGCUGAGGAGACCCUGGCAGAGUUCCUUUCGAAAGCUACCGGAACUGCUGUCGACUGGGUUCAAAUGAUUGGGAUGAAGCCUGGUCCGGAUUCUAUUGGCAUUGUUGCUGUUUCCCGUAACUGUAGCGGAGUAGCAGCACGUGCUUGUGGUCUUGUGAGUCUCGAGCCCACUAAGGUUGCGGAAAUCCUUAAAGAUCGUCCAUCGUGGUAUCGUGACUGCCGAUGCAUUGAUGUAUUGAGUAUAAUUCCGACAGCGAAUGGUGGAACAAUCGAGCUCAUCUAUAUGCAGACUUAUGCGCCUACAACAUUGGCUGCAGCACGGGACUUUUGGACUCUGAGAUAUACUACGAGCUUAGAAGAUGGCAGUCUCGUGAUAUGCGAGAGGUCCUUAACAUCUUCUACUGGUGGCCCUACCGGGCCUCCUACUACAAGUUUUGUACGAGCCGAAAUGCUUCCCAGUGGAUUUCUAAUUAGACCUUGUGAUGGCGGUGGCUCUAUCAUUCACAUUGUUGAUCAUGUUGAUUUAGAUGUUUGGAGUGUUCCUGAAGUUCUUAGGCCACUUUACGAAUCAUCCAAAAUUCUUGCUCAGAAAAUGACAAUUGCUGCCUUGCGGCAUAUACGGCAAAUUGCUCAAGAGACAAAUGGAGAAAUUCAAUAUGGUGGUGGUCGUCAACCUGCUGUUUUACGGACUUUUAGUCAGAGACUUUGCAGGGGCUUUAAUGAUGCUGUAAAUGGGUUUGUCGAUGAUGGUUGGUCGCUUAUGGGUAGUGACGGUGUCGAAGAUGUGACCAUCAUGAUAAAUUCAUCUCCAGGCAAAUUCUUCGGGUCUCAGUACAACACCUCUAUGGUUCCUUCUUUUGGGGGAGGUGUACUAUGUGCCAAGGCCUCAAUGCUGCUUCAGAGUGUCCCUCCUGCAUUGCUUGUUCGGUUUUUGAGGGAGCAUCGGUCCGAGUGGGCUGAUUAUGGAAUCGACACCUACUCCGCAGCUUGUUUGAAACCUAAUCCUUACACUGUUCCAUGUGCUCGGCCUAGUGGUUUCCCUAGUAGUCAGGUCAUUCUACCUCUUGCGCAUACAGUAGAACAUGAAGAGUUCCUUGAAGUUGUUCGUCUAGAAGGCCAGGCAUUCACGCCUGAAGAUGUAGCUUUGGCACGGGAUAUGUACUUAUUGCAGCUUUGCAGCGGAAUUGAUGAAAAUGCAGUCGGUGCCUGCGCACAGCUUGUUUUUGCACCUAUUGAUGAAUCGUUUGCCGAUAAUGCUCCAUUGCUCCCAUCUGGAUUUCGAGUCAUACCUCUAGAUUCCAAGCCAGUUAUGGAUGGACCAGGAGCAGCUCGAACAUUGGAUUUAGCUUCUACCCUCGAAGUUGGUCCUGGCAGCAAUCGCUCAACUGGUGAUGGUGAGCCGAACAGUUAUAACCUUAGAUCAGUCUUGACCAUUGCAUUCCAAUUCACUUUCGAGAACCACUUGAGGGAUGACGUGGCUUCUAUGGCUCGUCAAUAUGUACGUAGUGUUGUGGGAUCUGUUCAAAGGGUUGCCAUGGCUAUUGCUCCAUCCCGUAUUAGCCCUGGCUUGGGACCAAAAAGCCUCCCUGGUUCUCCUGAGGCUCUUACUUUGGCGCGUUGGAUUUGCCGAAGCUACAGGAUUCAUACCGGUGGAGAACUCCUACGAGCUGAUUCACAAUCCGGUGAUACUUUGCUGAAGCAACUGUGGAACCAUUCAGAUGCGAUAAUGUGUUGUUCAUUGAAAACAAAUGCGUCUCCAGUUUUCACCUUUGCAAACCAGGCCGGGCUUGAUAUGCUAGAAACUACAUUGGUAGCCCUUCAAGACAUAAUGCUGGACAAGAUUCUCGAUGAAGCCGGCCGAAAGAGCCUAUGCGCCGAGUUCUCAAAGAUCAUGCAACAGGGGUUUGCACAUCUACCAGCAGGGAUAUGCGUAUCGAGUAUGGGAAGGCCGGUGUCCUACGAGCAGGCCAUUGUGUGGAAGGUUGUCGAUGAUGACAACGAUGAUGCUGCCAAUCACUGCCUCGGCUUGAUGUUUGUAAACUGGUCUUUUGUGUGAGAUCUUUACUGAUAGAUGUAUCGAAAAAUUAACUCUUAGGUAUCUAUCUAUCUAUCCAUCUAUAUAUAUUAAGUUAUAUAUAUGUUUUUAGUGCUUAAAAAGGAUUAUAUUAUAUAUGUUUAUGAAGUUAUUGGCAGGAUUUAAUGGAUAUUAUCAAGUGUUUUAUGGGAUAUAUAUGGUUAGACAUGGAUGUUGGUUUGCUUA